AUGCACAACCGCAACCCCCAAAGUCGUCGCUUGACCUCUCUCCUCAACCCAACCCUCCUCCUCACCACCUUCACCACCCUAACCACCGCCCUCUCCCCCUCGGCCCUCAUCACAAUCGAAUCCUCAUCCGGCGGCGCAGGCAACAACCUCUCCAACACAACCCUCUCCAUUCCCCUCUCAACACUCUACACCAACCCCGCCCUCGACAUCGCCUCAGCCCUCUACCUGUCCGGAGCCACCGGCGCAGACACCUCCUCCAUCACCUGCUAUUCAUACCAAGACUCUGAUCUCACAAAUCCUGGCGGCCAACCCUUUUCACAAUUCAAGCCAAGUCGACUGAGCACCAAUACCGUCCAAGUCGGCUCCAUCGUCUGCAACUCCACCUCCACAUCAAUCCCAGAUUACAACGCGAACGCGACUGGCGUGACAUCGACCCUGCACGCAACCUCAACUCAACUCACCCGCGGUUCCGUCAGCGACGUCCCAAAUUUGGGAGCCAACGUUUCCGUCCCACUGGGUCCCGGACCGGUGAUCCUCUCCUCUACACUUUCAUCCAACACGUCCAGCACAUCCUCUACAUCCACAUCCUCCAACAACGCCACCGCCAGUUCGACAUCCACAUCCCUCCCCACGGUAACCAACGCCUCCGGCGGCGGUGGACUAGUCGGUCCACCGCGGACCGUCGUCACGGGCGUCACUUCCAUCACGUCCAGCGAAUCUCCGGUGGGGGCGAUGGUGACGGAGAUGAGGACGGAAGUUGUGGUGUCUCCAACGACGACGACGACGGGGUCGAGUGUGGAGGGGAGUAGUACUGCGGUGGUACAGGGGAGUCAGGGUGCAGCGGCGGGAGGGAAGAGGAUUGGGUCGUGGGCUACGUUUGUGGUGGCGGGUGGGUUUGGGCUGGUGGGAGUUGUGGUUUUGGCCGGGUGA